AUGACUGCCCCGACGGUGGUCAACGUCACCUGCCACCGGGCUCGAAUCCCCUCCUCGUCAUCCUCGUCGUCACCACCAGCAUCGCACGGCCAACACCCACCGGUCCCCUCUCAGGAUGACAGAACCACCCUCACGCACGAGGCACUGAAAACGAGUCUCGAACAGGCAAAGCUCGAGAGACGUCGGUAUGAGCACGCGAUGCUCCGCGACGCCCUGCGCAGGGGAACGCCAUAUUCGUAUCUCCCGGGGCUCCUGGCGCGGUCUGGUACCGACGGAGCUCAGCAGCGGCCAGAUCGACACGCCCCAGAAACUAUCAUCACAUCUCCACACACCGUGUCUCCGGUGCGAUGGACGUCCGGCGUUGUACGGCCGCAGACAGGGGCCAUUUACAUGACUCAUUUCGUGGCUAGCCCUGUUGGGGGAGGACAUGCGCCGGCUGGACGCCGGUUAAACUUGGAUGAUAGCUUCCUGCGACGCGCGUACAAGCGGCGACGGUCGUGGGGCGCUGGGAGGGGGAAACACCGCCGGGGGCAGAGUUCGGGAGAGAUUAGUUUUCAUCAUUGGGUGCCUGGGAGUAGUGGUGAGGAACGGAGGGUGUAG